ACAAGUUUGCUGAGGUUCAUGUUGGCUCACAUAGGUUGCUCACAAAACAGCUCUCCGGGCCCAAGAGGAUUUCUCCAUCAGCAGCCAGCAGCAAAGCCCCUUUCCAGCAUCUGGGUGUGCAUGACAGCCCGGUGCUGGAAUGUGCUCCUCCGCAGCCCAGCUUUUAACUUGAAGCUCUGGCAGGGCACUGGGUAGCUCUGGCUCAAUGACACAGAGCUGCUGAAAGUCAGUCACUUCGUUUGGGAACAAGGGGAAGCCCGGCACAUUGUUCUGCUGCCUUUGCCUCCAGCUCCCUCACGAUAUAAGCACAGAAUAUAUAUAGCCGUGAUAGCAGCUAGAGAAACAUGGACUUCCAGCAUAGAGGUCACCCCUACGCGAUACCAGAGGAUGAAGAGAUCGCUCACAGGGUCUCUCACAAUGCCUACAACUCGGCGGGAAAUGAAGGCGAGAAACCAGUGUCGAAACUGCAGCGUAGGCACAGUGACAUUAAACUCUACAAAGAGUUUUGUGACUUCUACGCAAAAUUCAACAUGGCAAACGCACUCGCAAAUGCCAUCUGUGAGCGCUGCAGAGGGGGCUUUGCACCAGCAGAGAAAAUUGUCAACAGCAAUGGUGAGCUGUACCACGAGCAGUGCUUCGUGUGUGCCCAGUGCUUCCAGCAGUUUCCUGAAGGGCUCUUCUAUGAGUUUGAAGGGAGGAAGUACUGCGAACAUGAUUUUCAAAUGCUUUUUGCCCCUUGCUGCCAUCAGUGUGGUAAGUUUUACAUUCAGGUGAAAUAUUUCACACUGAUCACAAAUGGGAAGUCAACAUAUGUUGCUGGGGGAAGAUGUGCAGCCCUGUUGUAUCUCCUCUGGGAGAUGGCCCCACACAGCAGAGGAACUUUCAGAAUGAACUUCAGUGAACGUAGAGAGUUGCUUUUCCUAAAGGUCAUCAAACAGUAGGUUUAAAAAAAAAAAAAGGUUGCAUUAUUUGCAUGAGUAGUUUAACUGUUCAUCCAGUGAGUCAAUGAGCAGCCCAUUCAUGAGCUCCUGAUUUUCUGCAUCCACAUGCAUGUACUCACGUGUUCCUUCUCAUGCAGCUGAAACCCUCUCGCAACUCUUAAUUUGUUUUGACCACUGUAACCUAUCCAUGCUGUCCUCCUCUGUAGAAGCAGAGGCAGUCUUUAUCAUCUAGUGAUAUCACCAGCUUUCUAUUUUUGACACAAAUUCCUUUAAGUCUUCAGCAUCUGUUGUCUACCCUGUGUAACACUGAGAGCUGCGUUUUAUUUGCUGCUAUUGAGUAAAUGCUUGCAUGUCUGCUACACUGUAAUCAAAUGCAAGUUUUCUUUUACACCACAUUUGCUGUGUGUGAGACAUUUUGCUUGGUCAGGGUUGAGAAGUCAUUGCUGUACCCUUGCUUGAUCAGGUAUGGAAGCUCUUAUUUUUCUGAGGCACCUGGGGAAGCUGCUACAACUUUCACUUAUCUUAGGAAGUCCUUUCCCUUGUGCAGAGGGUGUGGUUGGAUGCUGGAAGGAUGGGAAGCAGAUGUUCUGGACCUUCGGAUUUACAGCUGCAGAUUUGAACAAGCAGGGGAAGAGGAAGAGCUCAGUGGUGAUAUCUGAGUGAACUUGAAGUGUGUGACAAACCAGAAGGAACUGCUUUGUUCCUUCUAUAGUCCAGUCACUUCCCAAGCGUGAGGGACCUUUGUGUUCCUCCAGUUACUCUGCAGUCUCCCUUCUUUGUUCUCUUCCUGCUCUUGUGUGCCACAGCUUCCCCUUUCCCUUUACUGCUCUUGGCCUGGAAAGGACUUUUGUGAAUCCUCCUUUCUAACCCCUUGAAACACAAAGCACAGCUCUUCCUGCAU